AUGCUCACCACUAUUCUCAUCGCUCUCGCGCUGACUGCAACCGGUCUCUCACAAGCACCAGAAGGCUACCGUACGGUGUACAUGACAUCGGCGCAAGAUACCAAAUUCGUCGUUGUACCAAAGUCACGAGCCGCAGGAGCAACACUCGUGGUGCAAACCCUCACGUCUACGCCGGCGCAAUCAUGGUACAUCAAGUCGCCCAAUAACGCCACCUCCAUCCAGCUCGCAUCCACAACACUCUGCAUGGACGCUGGACCGAAGUCUGGCUGGAAAGACAUGGCCAACAUCUACCUCCGCGAAUGCGUUGCUGGGAGUGAACAGCAGACCUGGAACGCCAUGGCUGAUGGACGUAUUGCCCUUGCUGCUAGCAGUGGAACGCAGCAAUGUGUCGAUCUACAGUAUCUGCGUGCUGUGCAGAAUAACCCGGUCGGGCUGUAUAACUGUGCAGGGCUGGGGAACACCGGGGCGGCUGACAAGGGGAUUAAUUGGCCUUUGAAGAAUGCUACAGUCGUGUAG